GUUGGUGAUGUGUUAAAGACGCGCCUCUGUCAACUCGAUUGGCUGCACAUGAACUCGACCUUUAAGUCUGUGAAGAAGUGAUCAGCUCCGUGUUUAUUUAUGGUCGUCAGAUGAAGAUGCUUCUUCUGAGGAGAGCCGUGCUGACGGCGGCAAGGACAUCCCACUGCAGGUCAUUUUCUGCCUCACAGAGUCACCGGAAGGACAGAAAAGGUCUGGUGCUGGGAGUGUUUGAGAAGGAGGGAGAGGAGGGCAGCCUUCCUCUGACAGAAGCUGCUGCAGGUUUUGACCAAAGUCUAUCUGGGAAACUCUCUGAACUGCUGAACAUCUCUGGACCACCUCUCAAGAAAGGCAAAAGCAGAAUAUUUUAUGGAAUCCACAAGGACUUCCCGUGUGUAGCGGUGGUCGGGCUGGGUAAGAACAAUGCAGGCGUUUGCGGAGCAGAGAACUGGGACACCGGCAGGGAGAACGUCAGACAGGCCAUAUCAGCUGGCUGCCGGUUACUUCAGGACCUGGAGGUGAACCACGUGGAGGUGGAUGGCUGUGGAGAUGCUCAGUCAGCAGCAGAAGGUGCCAUUUUGGGUUUGUUUCAGUACGACCAACUUAAAUCCAAGAAGAAGACCAAAGUAACACCCCAGCUUCAUGGAAGUGCUGACAUGGACGGAUGGAAGAAAGGAGUAGUGUAUGCAGAAGGCCAAAACUUGGCACGUCUACUAAUGGAAGCUCCAGCCAAUCACAUCACUCCUACUGCUUUUGCCAACACCAUUGAGGAGAAAUUAGCACCACAUGCUGAACGAGUCACAAUCCAAAAGAGAUCCCAGGCUUGGAUAGAGGAACAGCAGAUGGGAGCGUUCCUCAGUGUGUCUAAAGGUUCAGAGGAGCCCCCCGUCUUCCUGGAGCUCCAUUAUAAGGGCGCCCCUGACAGUGCGCAGGCCCCGCUGCUCUUAGUCGGCAAAGGAAUUACCUUCGACAGUGGCGGUAUUUCUCUGAAGCCGUCUUCCUCUAUGGAUGCAAUGAGAGCUGAUAUGGGCGGAGCCGCAACUGUGUGCGCGUCCAUCGUCACAGCAGCAUCUCUGAGACUGCCAGUCAACAUUAUUGGUCUGGCUCCUCUGUGUGAGAACAUGCCCAGUGGAAAGGCCACUAAACCAGGUGAUGUUGUCACAGCAAAGAAUGGAAAAACAAUCCAGGUUGAUAAUACAGAUGCAGAAGGCCGACUGAUCCUCGCUGACGCGCUCUGUUACGGACACAUCUUCAACCCCAAAGCAAUUGUCAACGUCGCUACGCUAACAGGGGCAAUGGAUGUCGCUCUCGGAUCAGCAGCCACUGGAGUAUUCACAAACUCUGACUGGCUCUGGGCGCAGCUGCACAAGGCUAGUGUUGUGACAGGUGACAGAGUGUGGCGGAUGCCUCUGUUCCAGCACUACACCAGACAGGUGACUGACAGCCAGCUGGCUGACCUCAACAACAUCGGCAAGUACAGCCGUUCUGGCGGUGCGUGCACAGCAGCUGCAUUCCUGAGAGAGUUUGUCACAUCUCCUCAUUGGGCUCAUUUGGACAUUGCUGGAGUGAUGAGUAAUAAAGAUGAAGUUCCCUACCUGGGGAAAGGCAUGUCUGGAAGGCCAACACGUACGCUAGUGGAGUUUGCAGCUGGGUUGACCCACCAUGCCUAACUGGAAAAAAGACUGUUACAUCAUGAGCUCCCUCUCUACCACGAUUCACCAGUGAUCUCUCUGGAUAGAGAGACAGAGGAGUAAUGGCCACAUUUCAAAAUCCACGCACAAUUGAAUGGUUUCCUCAGAAUAACAGAAAAUUAUGGCAGUGAUACAUUUGCAAUAUUUUACUAAUCAAUUUAAGAUCUUCAGUGUUUACAUACUGCAAAUGCAUCAAUUCAAGUUAAUGUAAGACUGUUGUGAUUUCAGAUAAAUAAAGUACUAAUGCUCUGUUGUAGUUUGCAUAAUUUAUACAGUAUGUUAAAUGAAUAAAAUCUCUAAGACAUUUUAAA